UAAUCCACCUGCCCAUCUGUAUUGUCAUCUUGUUGAACAAGUAGUUUUCUUGGCAUUACAAUUUUCCACUUAAAAUUUUACUUGGUUUUAUUUGUGCUGCAUUCAUGGUGAGUUUAUCUCUGCAAAUGGGAUUGAGAUAUCUGUAAGCUUGCAUGAUUUUUAUCUUGAAAGCUUAUGAAUUACAGAAUAAUGUAAUACCACCUGGAUCUUUAUCUGCCAUGGAGAAUAAAGAUGUGGGUGAGAUUUUAGUGCCAUGCACAACAUGUACCAAGAAUUGCUUUAAAAUCCAUGGCAAGACUGAAGAGAAAGAGAGCUUUGAUGGGCGUUCCUACUUCUUCAAAGUCAUGUUAGGAGAUUUUGCACAGAAACUGCGUGUUCCUCCUGCAUUUGUUCCAAAAUUGCUAAAUGAGGUUGGCAUUGGUAGAAAUGUGCUUAUGCAAGGCCCAAGCGGUCAAAAGUGGGAUGUAAAAUUAUGCUAUAUAAGUACCGAAAUGUAUUUUGCACAUGGUUGGGAGAAGUUUGUGCAUCAUAACAAGAUACAAUUUGGAGAUUUUCUAGUAAUUAAGUAUGUUUGUAAAUCCUAUUUCAAAGUCAGGAUCUUUGGAAGAAGUGGGUGUCAGAAAAUCGAUACUGAUUUUGGCCCCGACACCCAUCACGAAUGCAAUCAACCCAUGGACAGUAAGUUGUCACUUGAUUUGGUUCCUGCUUCUCAAGGGAAAGCAUUGGCUAAAAGAAUUCGUGGCCAUCCUCCAAAGGAAAACCAAACGGAGACUGUAAAAAGGAGGUAUCGAAAAAAUUAUUACGUUUCUAACCGGCGUCCAGUUACGGAAGAAGAAAGAUCCAAGGCUCUCCAGGCUGCUCAAUCUUUCAGAUCAAAUAAACCCUUUUGCUUAAUAAUUUUGAAGCCAUCUUACGUAUACAAUGCAAUUUGGCUUAGAUUUCCAAAUGCAUGUAGAGAUCGUCUCGAAUUACCCAGAGAAAAAAUUAAAGUGGUCCUUGUGGAUCCAAACAACAAAGAAUGGGAUGUACAAUACCUGGGAAAUGUCAAUCAACCUGGCCUGUGUGGAGGGUGGAAAUAUUUUUCUUUUGAUAAUAACCUCGAGGAAGGAGACGUUUGCAUCUUUGAGCAGGAGGACAAAUUGAAGUUUAGAGUACACAUUUUUAGGGUUGCUGAAAUAUGUACUCCUUAUAAAUGGAUUAAAGGCAGGCAAAUGAAUGAUAGCGUUCCGUUGCUUACAAAUUACUCUAAUGAGAAAAUUAAAGACGAGGAUCUUGCCAUCAAUUUGUCAGCCAAAAUGUUUAGACGCAGACUAGGAUUAGAUGCAAAAGAAGUCAAUACAGUCUUGAGGGAAGAUCUUGCAGAAAAUUUUUCAGCUAAAGCAUUUGAACCUGAACAAGGAAUAGAUAUAAAAGAAAUCAAGACUGUUUCAAGGGAAGAUCUUACUGCAAAUUUAUCAGCCAGAUCAUUCGGACUUGAACAAGGAAGGCAUGCAAAAGAAGUCAAUACAGUCUCAAGGGAAGAUCUUUCUGCAAAUUUUACUGCAAACUUAUCAGCCAGAGCAUUUGGACCUGAACAAGGAAGAGAUGCGAAAGAAGUCAAUACAGUCUCAUGGGAAGAUCUUUCUGCAAAUUUUACUGCAAACUUAUCAGCCAGAGCAUUUGGACCUGAACAAGAAGGGGAUGCAAAAGAAGUCAAUACAGUCUCAAGGGAAGAUCUUUCUGCAAAAUUUUCAGCCAGAGCUUUUGGACCUGAACAAGGCAAAGAUGCAAAAGUAAAUACAGUCUCAAGGGAAUAUCUUUCCGCAAAUUUUUCAGCCAGAGCAUAUGGACCUGAACAGAGAAAAGAUGAGAAACAGGUCAAUUCAGUCUCAAGGAAAGAUCUUGCUAUCAACAUGAUGGCUAGAGCAUAUGGACCUGAACAGAGAAAAGAUGAGAAACAGGUCAAUUCAGUCUCAAGGAAAGAUCUUGCUAUCAACAUGAUGGCUAGAGUGUUUGGACCUGAACAAGAAAUGAAACAAAUCCAAGAUGCCAAACAAGUAAACGGAGUCUCAAGGGAAGAUAUAGCUACAAAUUUGUUAGUUAAAGCAUUUGGACCUGAACAGAACAAAAAUGCAGAACAAGUCAAUUCAGUCUCAAGGGAAGGUCUUUCCGUCAACAUGUUGGCUAACGCACUUGGAGCUGAACAAGGAUUAAAAGAAGUGCAACAUAUGAAACAAGUCAAUACAGUCUCAAGGGAAGAUCUUGCCAGAGAUUUUUCAGCCAAAUCAUUUGGACCUGAACAGAGAAAGGAUGCAAAACAACUCAAUUCAGUCUCAAGGGAAGAUCUUGCCAUCAAAAUGUUGAGUCAAGAAUUUGGAUCUGAGCAACAAAUAAAGCAAGUGCAAGAUGACAAACAAGUUUAUACAUUCUCAAGGGAAGAUCUUUCGACAAAUUUGUCAGCCAAAGUAUUUAUACCUGAACAAAGAAAAGAUGCAAAACAUGUCAAUUCAGUCCUAAGAGAAGAUCCUGCUUUCAAUAUGUUGGCUAGAGUUUUUAAACCUGAACAAAAAAUAAAACAAGAGAAGAAAAAUAACAUGAAAACCGGAAGAAAUAGAAGGGCUAAAUGUACACUUGGCAUUAGAGAAAGGAAAGAAGGUUGCAGGCGUAGCCUAAGAUUAGUCGAAAGGAAUAAUUUGAUAGAGCAUCCAAAGAAAGAACAGUUGUGCCCUGCAUCAUCUGUAGAUGGAAAAAAAUCAAUUGUAAAGGACACAAUGCUGCUGUCAAAAAAGACCAGUUCUCUAGAUCCUGUGAAGGGCUAUGGUGAAGAAGACCUGAUGAUUAUUUGGGACAGCAAUGCUGCAACUCAUGGAAUGCCUAGUAAUGAGAACUUAAUUCUAUCAGGAGUCCAUCCAUGAAACACCUUGGAUGACAGAGUCAAUAGUUACAGUAUUGAAGUUCAAAGGCCUCCAGUUUGCUGGCGGUACUAUGACCAGAAGCAGCCAAUGGUGAGGCAAAUUGGGAAAUCAGUUCAGGAAUAAGUGAUAAGAAUGGGAGAUAAUACAGUUCUUCACAGGAGCCUGUUAAUAAAGGAUCAUUUUGCAAUAGAUUCAAUAUUUCAUGGACUGAAUCAAGAAACCGUGAAGGUAAGGCCAGUGGCAUUGCUACAAUAAGCAACCACUUCUUUAACAGAUACAAAGGCAAAAUCAAGCAUGGCAUCAAUUCGCAAGGGAAUGUUGACCAUGGUUUACAUGAGGUUUCAUGAAAGAAUAAGUAAAUACAGGCACUGGUAUAUAUUGCACUGGUAAUACUUCCAGAACAAUAUCUAAGGUAGAAACUCAAGAUAUAAUUUCAUUAGAUUGAUAUAACGCAUAGGGUAAAAACUUCCUUAUAAUUUAGAAAGUGAGUUAAGAAAGACAAAAAGCUUUUUUGGCAUUGUAAUGACUCCGGUGCAUCUCUAGUUUAUAGAAUUUGUGAAGCAAAAUUGGUGACUGUUUCAGGUGAGAGCUAAAAAGUUUUUAUAAUGUGAUACUGUACCCUAAAGCAGUUAUACUAGUUAAUCACACUGGCAUGUUAAGUUGCUAGCUAGUCACAGAAUCUAAA